AUGUAUAGCCUUCCUCGAACUGUUGGAAGACUGCCUUCACAAUGCCUUUUGAGGCAAACUCUCACGACUUCCAUUCGGCUGAGCCUACGCAGGAAUCAUACUUCGACAGCCAAAGCCACCUCUGCCGGUCCACUCGCUGGGGUUAGAAUUCUGGAUUUGACUCGUGUUCUAGCGGGUCCAUUUUGCACACAAAUAUUGGCAGACUAUGGUGCAGAUGUGAUCAAAGUCGAAAAUCCACAGGGAGGAGACGACACUAGACUCUGGCGUGAAGCUGGAGAGGAAGCUAUUUGGAAACCAGAUGCUUCUAAUACUUCCAUCUACUUCAACACGAUCAAUCGAAACAAGCGCUCGAUUGCGGUUAAUUUGAAGAAUGAAAAAGGGAGGGAUAUUAUCUUGGGCCUUGCCCGCAAAGCAGACGUUAUAGUGGAGAAUUUCAUCCCCGGGAAGUUGGACAAAAUGGGCCUCGGUUACGAUGUCUUGAAAUCUAUAAACCCGUCUAUCAUCUUAGCGAGCAUUUCCGGCUAUGGUGCCGAGGGACCGUAUGCACAGCGUGCAGGCUACGACGUAAUCGGGGCAGCCGAGGGCGGUUUGCUCCAUAUAACAGGAGAGGCAGAUGGCCCUCCCACAAAACCUGGCGUCGGACUAAUGGACAUGUGCACCGGCCUGUACCUUCACGGUGCGAUCGCGUCGGCAUUACUUGCACGGGAGAGAACGGGCCACGGACAAAAGAUCGGCACCUCGUUGUUCGAGACCACUGUCUCGAUUCUCGCCAACGUAGGAAUGUCGUGGAUGAAUCUUGGAAAAGAAGCGCAUCGUUGGGGCACAGGCCAUCCAACCAUCGUUCCAUAUGAGGCUUUCAAAACAAAGGACUCGUUUAUUGUUGUCGGUGCGGUUAACAACAGGCAGUUCAAGACGCUUUGUGGUUAUCUCGGCAAGGAGGAAUUGUGUACUGAUUCUCGAUUUGUGGAUAAUAAUGUUCGAGUUCAGAAUCGGAAUGAACUGAAGCACAUACUGGAUGGACUCUUCGUGCUCAAGUCAACGAGUGAGUGGGAAAAGAUCUUUGAAGGGAGUGGGAUGCCAUAUGGUCCAAUCAACAACUUGGAAAAGGUCUUCUCACACCCACAAACUACGGCGAGGAACAUGGUGCAGACUGUUGAGCAAUCCGAGGCCGUGUCAGGAAACGUCAAGGUUCUCGGAAUGCCCGUGAAGUUCAGCAAAUCGAAACCAUCAAUCAGAGAAGGACCGCCUUCCUUGGGUCAGCAUACUGACGACGUGCUUCAAGAACUUGGACUUACGUCGGAAGUGAUAUCGCAACUACGCAAAGGAGGAGUCAUUGGAAAUAGACGUGCUUCGGAGCCGGCCAUUGUUACCGUUUGA